AUGCAGGUACAUGGACUGAAAGACAGAACCCAGGACCUCAGGAAAUCUCUCAAUGAUUCACUGGAAGGGGACAUCAGAGACUUCCUUAUCAAUGAAGCUGAACUUCACACGUACGAUGACCUCACUAAAGUCAACCCGGUUACGCCUUCUACAGUGCUGAAAUGUCUACAGGCCAGGUACAGCGCAAAGGUUUUCUACACACAUGCUGGCUGCACGCUGGUCGCCCUCAACCCCUUCCAGCCCAUUCCUCACCUGUACUCUCUGGAUGUGAUGAGGGAAUAUCACUCCGCUCCUCAACCUCAGGUAAACACGCUCAAGCCUGUCAGUACAUCUCUAACGUAA